AUGAGCACCAGCAGGCAUCAGCCGCAGGUUGUGGGGGGACUGAAGGUCACAGAACCCGUGCGGCGGCCGCGGCAUCCGCCGUGGUAUCCGCCAGUGCAGAAUGACGCGAAGGGCCUUCGAGUGCUGAACUCGUUGACGGAGAGCGUCGAGCCGUUUGCCCCACGUGAGGGGAGGCUGGUGCGGUGGUACGCGUGCGGGCCUACUGUCUAUGAGCUUUCUCACAUGGGCCAUGCCCGCGCCUACCUCACCUUUGAUAUACUGCGUCGUAUCAUGGAGGACUACUUUGGGUAUCAGGUUGUGUAUCAGAUGAACAUUACCGAUAUUGACGAUAAAAUUAUCAAGCGAGCACGUAUUUCGGCAUUGUUAAAGCGAUUUCGUGAAGAUUUCUUGCAGGGACGUGACAUGGCGCGGCUUGUCGCCUUUACGGCCGAAGCGGAAACGGCGGCAGUUGAGGCACUCGAGUUGGCCCGAAUUAAGUUUUCAGAACCGCUGCCGGACACAACACCAAGUCGCAUUAAGGCGGAGCGUGAGGAGAAGCAGAUGGAACUUGCGCUAAAGGAGUCCCAGUUGCAGAAGACAAGGGAACGUAUUGCAUCGGCGACUGCCUCUGGUAACUUUGAUGAACUUUUUAACGCGGCUUCUGGGAUAAACGGUGAUUUGCUGGAUGAGCGCGAGGGACAGUAUGUGACGGACCAAAGCAUUUUCGAGGAUCACGCGCGAUUGUAUGAACGUCUUUUUUUUGAGGACAUGCGACGUCUCGGCGUCCGCGACCCCGACGUUGUCUCACGUGUGACAGAGUAUGUACCACAGGUGGUUGACUUCAUUCAGAAGAUCAUGGACAACGGUUUUGCAUACCGUGGAACGAGUUCCAUAUUUUUUGACACCGCCGCCUUUUUGCGUGCCGGGCACGACUACCCGAAACUGAAGCCCGUGAGUGAACGUGGUGAGAACGAUGCGACGGAGGCGGAGAUGGCGGAGGGGGAGGGUGCGUUGACUGUGGGAGUUGCCGGUGAGAAACGAAACGCCAAUGAUUUUGCCUUGUGGAAGUUCUCGAAGCCUGGUGAGCCGCGUUGGCCGUCGCCGUGGGGAGCGGGACGCCCUGGAUGGCACAUUGAGUGCUCCGUCAUGGCUUCGGACAUACUCGGCACCAACAUCGAUGUGCACAGCGGCGGUUGGGAUCUGAAAUUCCCCCACCACGACAACGAGUGUGCGCAGAGUGAGGCAUGUCACAUGCAACACCAGUGGAUAAAUUACUUCCUACACUGUGGGCACUUACAUAUUAAGGGUCUCAAAAUGAGCAAAAGCCUGAAGAACUUCAUUACCAUUCGGCAAGCACUUGAUGAACUCGAUGUAACACCACGUGUAAUGCGACUGUUGUUUCUUGCAAAUCACUGGGGGAAACCGAUGAAUUUUUCGGAUCAGAGCAUUGAAGAGGCAAAAGAGAGGGAACGUGUCCUACGUGCGUUCUUUGGCAGUGUCGAUAUUGUCUUACGGAAGGACAACUGGGGCAAGACGCAGGGCUUGAACGACCACGACCGCCGUCUACAAGAAACCUGGUUAACGGCCGAAAACGCCGUACAUGGCGCACUGCAGAAUAAUUUUGACACUCCCGCCGCCAUGGAUUCCGUCAUGGGGCUCGUGGGCGCGACAAAUCAUUACCUCCUUAGCGGGGAACGUCCGAGCGCGACGCUCGUGCGGAAGGUUGGCCGCUAUGUCACACGCAUUUUGCAGGUGUUUGGUGUGGUGGAAGGGACCGACAUGGUUGGCUUUGCCACGCAGCAGGGCUCAGACGAUCGGCUUCUAACGGUCAUGGACGCUCUCUUGCGCUUCCGCGACGGCGUGCGUGACGCGGCAAAGGUGGAAAAUUCCACCGAGACGUUCCUACCGCUCUGUGACGCAGUCCGCGACGAGUGGCUGGUGCCUGCGGGCAUUCGCAUUGAGGACAACCCUGCUGGUCCAACGACGUGGAAGAGUGACGAUGUGGCCGUGCUCCAACGCGAGGUGGCAGAGCGACGGGCGCAGCAAGCAACGGAGCGGCGCACAAGGCUUGAGAAUCAGAUUGAGACGAAACGGAAAUUGACGGAGAAGUGGCGCCAGUACACGUGCACGCCGAUAAGGUACUUUAGCACGCGAGACACAGAGGAAAAAAAGUACGCCGCCUUUGAUGAAGCCACGGGGCUCCCGACGCGACGCGCGACAGGCGAGGCGUUGGGCGAGAAGGAGCAGAAGAAACUCGCAAAGGAGCUUGCGAGGUACGCGAAGGUCCACGAGGAGUUUGUUGCGAAAGGGGGCGAGGGGUGGCUGGCGGAGCAGGAGAAGGAAUUGGCAUCGCUUUGCCAGGCCCUCGAAAGCCUCUGA